AUGCUUUCAAUAGAAAAAGAAAAUUCAAGAGUUGCUACAACUAAACCAUUAGAUGAACUUUUUACCAAUGUAGGUCAAAAGUUUGAGACAGAGACCGUAAAGCAUGAAGGCUAUCGUUUUGACUACCCGUUAAGAUGGUUAAGAGACCCAUCCGUCACAAAAGCUAUUGGCUUUCGUAGAAUGAAGUUCAUUUCAGAAGCCAUACAUGGUUUCCCAUUUACAGUCGGUUUUGAAGUUCGAUACUAUAACAAAGAAAAACGUAUGUAUGAGAAAUUUGAACAGGGAAAACUUUUACAAGUGAAUUUGCUUGUAAACUUAGAAACAACUCUUCAAGCUUUUCAAGAAAAAAUAAACGAUAUCUAUCUCGAAUAUGCAAAACAGUACAACAUUGACGAAGGAGAGUACCAUCUCGAUAUUAUAUAUGACAGGAAAAAUGCAACUGUUAAAAUCAAUAGAAUAGAAGACCUUGGAGAAAACGUUUAUAUUUCUACAAAAUAUAACAACUUGGCAUGGUAUAGAUUUCUGAGGAUGUUAAAUCAGCCUGCAGCAUAUCCAGUACACCCGGACUUUUAUGA